GUGGACAUGAGCAAAGUAAAUCUGGAAGUAAUCAAACCAUGGAUAACAAAACGAGUAACAGAAAUCCUUGGAUUUGAAGAUGAUGUAGUAAUUGAAUUUAUAUUCAACCAGUUGGAAGUGAAGGCCUGAACCAAAAUGGAAGUUAUUCCUUGCGUCUGAAGUAUAGCACCAUCACCUUAUUAGGUCACAGCAGAGUGAGUGUCCAAUGUCGCUCUGACCCAACUCCCUUGAUGAUGCAGUGUGUGUUUGGAGGGGACUUGGCGAUUCCAAAACCCCCAAGGUUCCAAGAAGAAACUGAAGACACCUGGAAUCUGUACUUGCUUUGUGCUGUUGAGCUGUGCUUGUUAUAUGGACCUUGUUGCUUGACCAACAAACAACAUUAGAAUUAAAAGCCCACUUUAACUUUGAACCUCUCUUUGACCUCUUAACCCUUUGUGGACAUGACAUAAUUAAUUUGAGGAAAAUCUGUAAGGCACCUACUUAGCGUAUACUCCCUCAGCGCAGGCAUAGUCUGGUGUUUUAGAGAAAGUAAGAAAAUGCAUGCAUGAAUCUUGAGCUUUCACAGCAGGAUGUAAGGGACUUAGCAGAAUGUCAUCUGCAGCGUUAGGCAAUUACACAGCUUCUGUCCAUUGUGCAGAUGUUAAGACAGAUUUCCAAGCAAGGAGAAUCAAAACAAUAGGGGGAAAAGUGUUUAGAAAAUAAUUAUAAAAACUCGUAGCUGCAUUAUAAUGAUGUGUUAAAUUUAAGGCCCCUGACUUCCUGUAUAGCAGGUACACGGUCCAAAAAUACUUACGAAACCCACAAAGGAUUAACAGGCCUUUCUGAAUAUUUAUGGUAAGACACACAAGAAAAAUUAAUAGUACAAUAAACUUAAAUUGAUGAGAAAUCACUAGGGAAAGAUUUUUUUUAAGAAAUAGUUCUUGAGUGUAUAUGUAUUUUAGCCCCCAUGGUAGUUUUAAUUUAAGUUUAAUAUAGACUGUAUGUUGUUUUUUCAGAUAACCGGUUUGUCUUCCUGUCAUAUCUCUUUGCAGAACCCAGAUUCCAAAAUGAUGCAAAUCAACCUGACUGGUUUUUUGAAUGGGAAAAAUGCUAGGGAGUUCAUGGGAGAACUGUGGCCACUGCUGUUAAGUGCACAAGAAAACAUUGCUGGUAUUCCAACUGCGUUUCUGGAACUGAAGAAAGAAGAAAUAAAACAGCGACAGAUAGAGCAAGAGAAACUGGCUUCUAUGAAGAAACAAGAUGAAGACAAGGAGAAGAGGGAUAAGGAAGACAAAGAUAACAGGGAAAAAAGAGACAGAUCCAGGAGUCCAAGAAGACGCAAAUCAAGGUCUCCUUCCCCUCGAAGGAGGUCGUCGCCUGUCAGAAGAGAGCGGAAACGCAGCCAUUCUCGCUCCCCUCAUCACAGAACCAAGAGCCGUAGUGCUACUCCUGCACCAGAAAAGAAAGAGGCGACUCCUGAGCCAGAACCCUCUGUGAAACCAAAGGAGACUGUUGUUCAAGAGGCAACUUCAAACAGUGAUAUCCCAAAAGCUCCUAAACCUGAACCUCCUGUACCAGAGACUAAGGAAACUUCACCAGAACGUAAUUCAAAGAAGGAGAGAGAGAAGGAAAAAGAGAAGACUCGUCAAAGAUCCCCAACUCGGUCCAAGUCAAGGUCAAGAUCUCGAUCACGUUCUCCAUCUCAUUCUCGACCAAGAAGGCGUCAUAGAUCACGGUCAAGGUCUUACUCCCCUAGAAGGCGACCAAGCCCAAGACGACGGCCGUCUCCAAGGAGAAGGAGCCCUCCAAGGCGAAUGCCUCCCCCACCCAGACACAGAAGAAGCAGAUCCCCUGUGAGGCGGAGAAGACGGUCAUCAGCAUCCUUAUCUGGCAGUAGCUCUUCCUCCUCCUCCUCACGUUCCCGAUCACCACCAAAGAAACCACCUAAAAGAACUGUAUCCAGUCCUCCUCGUAAAAUGCGUAGGCUCUCUCCUUCGGCAAGCCCUCCUAGGCGGAGGCACAGACCAUCCCCACCAGCAAGUCCACCUCCAAAACCACGUAGGUCUCCAACACCCCAGCAGUCGAAUCGUGCAAGAAAAAGCCGUGGCUCUGUUUCGCCCAGCAGAUCAUCAGCACCCAAACAUAAGAGUACUGAAAAAAGAGAAUCUCCUUCGCCAGCACCAAAACAAAGGAAAGCAGAACUGUCUGAAUCAGAAGAAGACAAAGGCGGUAAAAUGGCUGCAGCAGACUCUGUUCAACAGAGGCGUCAGUACAGGAGGCAAAAUCAACAGUCUUCAUCUGAUUCUGGUUCUUCAUCUUCAUCUGAAGAAGAAAGACCUAAAAGAUCCAAUGUGAAGAAUGGGGAAGUUGGUAGACGCCGACGCCAUUCACAUUCACGCAGUCCCUCACCGUCUCCACGAAAACGACAGAAGGAAUCCUCCCCUCGGAUGCAGAUGGAAAAGAGGUGGCAAUCGCCAGUGAUGAAAAGUAGGAGGAGGAGAAGUCCAUCGCCCCCACCAGCCAGGCGGCGACGCUCUCCAUCACCAGCCCCUCCUCCUAGGCGGCGGCGGUCACCUUCAUUACCUCGUCGAAGGUCUCCAUCACCACCCCCACGCAGACGCUCACCUUCUCCACGGAGAUACUCUCCACCGAUACAGAGACGAUACUCUCCUUCUCCACCACCUAAGAGAAGAACAGCCUCUCCUCCCCCUCCGCCUAAAAGAAGGGCAUCACCUUCUCCACAGUCAAAACGCAGAGUCUCCCAUUCGCCACCGCCAAAACAAAGGAGCUCGCCAGCCGCUAAAAGGCGUUCACCUUCGAUAUCUUCCAAGCACAGGAAGGGAUCUCCUCCCAGUAGGUCCAAUCGGGAAACACGUUCUCCACCACAAAACAAAAGGCAUUCACCUUCACCACGGCCUAGAGCUUCUCAUACCUCUGCAAGCCCACCACCACCACGAAGGGGAGCUUCAGCUUCACCCCAGAGAAGACAGUCUCCAUCUCCAAGCACUAGACCCAUCAGGAGGGUGUCAAGAACGCCAGAACCUAAGAAGACAAAGGCUUCCACGCCAAGUCCACGAUCUGCGAGACGGGUGUCCUCAUCACGGUCUGCAUCAGGAUCACCUGAGCCAGCACCGAAAAAACAUCAAGGACCUCCAUCCCCUGCUCGGUCUCGUUCCCCUUCUGCCAACUGGUCACCUGCAAAAAAGGCUAAAAGCCCAACUCAGAGCCCAUCACCUGCAAGGAACUCGGAUCAAGAAGGGGGUGGAAAGAAGAAGAAGAAAAAGAAGGAUAAGAAGCAUAAAAAGGAUAAAAAGCACAAGAAACACAAAAAACAUAAGAAGGAGAAGGCUGCAGCGGCUGCAGCAGCUGCUGCUGUGGCUGUAGCUGAUACCACCUCGGCACAGGAAGACCAGGAAGCAGAGACAGAACCCAAAAAGGAGACGGAAAGUGAACCCGAAGACAACCUUGAUGAUCUAGAAAAACACCUGCGGGAGAAGGCACUGAGGUCGAUGAGGAAGGCGCAAGUGUCACCACCAUCCUAGGCCGAAUCCUUUGAUAUAAUGUACAUUUUAUUUGGUUUGUACUCAGAAUUCAAUUUCAAAUUGCUAAAUGUGUUUGAGCUUUAGAAUAUAACAUUUGUUGUAAUAAUUGCUAGGUUGAGGUUCACCAUGUACAAAGGGCAUGGAUUUACAUUACAAAAGGUGUCCACAGUGUACUAGUGACAUUCUUUCAUUGACAGUCAGCAUAAUUUCAUUUAGAGUGAGACUUUUUAGAAGCAGUAGGAAUUUGUUUUGAAGGUUUUAAACAUGACCGUCAAUUCCCUCGUUUCUUUGAAAUUCAACAAAGCCUUUAGCAUAAUUCGUGAGGGUCUCAUUUGACUUCUUUUGUAUCCACUUACAUUAUGCUACUAACCUUUGUGGUUUGUAAGCUUGCCCAGAAGUAAAACCACUGCAGAAUUACCGAGGAAGUACAUAUAUUUUAAUGCUUUCUACUGUUGCCUGUAUAGUCUCCAUUAAAGCAAAUCAAGAAUAGCAAUUUAGAAUGGUACAUAAAUGAAAGCAUGUUGUUUACCAGGACACUGUGGGUUUAUAUUGAUGUAACAUGUUGAUUUGGAACACUGGAAUUUCAUUUGUAUUUUUAUGUUCUUUUUUUAAAGGGCAGUUUCCAUGAUCAGCAGUCCCAGAAAAAAAAAAAAAAAUUCCUUCAGUUACAUAAAUUUUGUUUGUGAGAUGUCGUUGCCCCAUUCAUAAAUCUUGUCUCGUUACGGUUCUUCUGAAUGGUAUAAGCAACUUUCAGAGCUGUGGUCUUUGAAAGUUUGAGGAACCUGAACUUUGGAUAUUGUCAUGUUUUCACUGUUUUUUGUUUUUGUUUUUUUAACUAAAGCUAUAUAAAGCUUGUGGAUUAAACAAAAUAAAUUUCUAAAUUUAAACAGAUGUUGGCUAUUUUUAUAUGAACAUUUACAUUUGCUAAUCAGCUUUCUUUUGUACAGGGUUAAUGAAUACAAGAUAUGAAAAAGUAUUUGAUCCAAUAUGCUGGCUUCUGAAAAACUGGGGCUUUUGUUUUUAACUGUCCUGGGGUAGCAGAAACAGCCCUUUGUUAAUUCAGUGACGCUGCUGUUGUGUCUGGGUCGGUGUUCUUGCAAAGCAAGAGUAAAUCAGUCUACCUGGUCAGCGCUCUGUUCGGAUGGAUAAGCUUGACACAAACAAAAUAUUUGCUGGUGAAAAUCGCUGGUCGUAGCAAGUAAAAUGUUUCAAGGUCCUGCCAAAAAUUAGUGGCAGGUUUGCAUUCAUUAAGUUACAGGCUUUCAGUCACGUAAACACUGGUUUCAAUGCUCUUCUGAAGAAUCCUGGUGGCUCGCUGCCUUUUUCAUAAUCAUGUUUGAAACUUGCUGGAUUGCUACCGUCGAAUUUUUUUAAAAAUUCAAGCUCUGUUUCUGAAAUCAAGCCAAUUCUGAAGUCUGAGGUUCCUCUGGAAGGAGGAAUGGAACGUGCUUUUGAGAUAUUUUUUUUUUUUUUUGUCCUGCAUCUGAAGUAGAUGUUGAUGUGCACAAUGAAGUGUAGAUAUUUGAUUAGUCUUUUUACUCGACAUCGUGUAGGGUUUUAAAAUAAAACAGGUAUUAAUGUAGAUACUGGAUUGAAGGGGAUAUCUUUAAAGUAGCUUCCUUCUGCACUUCCUGAUAUGCUGAAUCUUUUGUUUCUUAGCAUAAGUAUACAUUGUAUGCUAAAGUGCUUGUAAACUUAGUUCAACAACACUUGAAUGUUGAGUAUCAUCUGUUAUUAAAUGUGUAUAAUAAAUUCCAAGAACUUUCUGGACAAACAGA